UACAGAGAUAUUUAUUUGUUGAUGUGACGCCCUCGUUCUCUGUGGCUGUCAUCAUGAACCACUACACCAGGGGGCGCUCUUACGAAUGUUUAGAAGCCCGUCUCUCCUCAGCUUCACUUCCGGGUUAGUCACAGUGUUCAACAUGGCGGUGCCCACGGUGUGCUGUUAUGUAUGGCGGCAUGUGCCCCGUAGUGUCUUCAAACGAGCUCGUUUUCGUCUCACAUUGGACUCUAAAUUUCACAGCUCUUCUCCCGCACACAGCGGCCUCUUGUUGUCUCUGCACAAGCGCGGUAUUCUGAAGGACACGUUCCCAGAUAAGGCGGCACAGGACGAGCUCCCCCGGCUCCUCCAGUCCGGCUCUCAGACUAUAUACUGCGGCUUUGACCCCACAGCCGACAGCCUCCAUGUGGGCAACCUGCUCGCACUUAUCGGCCUGCUGCACUUCCGAAGCGCCGGGCACAAUGUCCUGGCUGUGCUCGGAGGAGCCACGGCUGAAAUCGGGGACCCGAGCGGAAAGGCGAGCGAGCGGGAGCGGCUGUCCGUCGAGGCGAUGCAGGCCAACGGUCACAGCAUCCGGGAGAGCAUUUUGAGGAUUUUUGCCAACCACGAAGCGAUCUUUCACGACAGCAACAAGCCGCUGGGCACCGUCACCAUCCUCAACAACCGGCGCUGGUUUAAAAAGUUUACCGUGGUGGAGUUUCUGUCGGAGGUCGGGAGGCACUUCCGGAUGGGGAGCAUGCUGAGCCGCCACAGCGUGCAGUCCAGGCUGAAGAGCGAGGAAGGCAUGAGCCUGACCGAGUUCACCUACCAGGUGUUCCAAGCUUAUGACUUCUACCACCUGAACCAGACUGUCGGCUGCAGGAUUCAGCUCGGAGGCACCGACCAACUGGGCAAUAUAAUGUCUGGACAUGAGUACAUCCGCAAAGUGAGCGGAGAGGACGUGUACGGACUAAUCAUCCCGUUGGUCACCAGCACUGUCGGGGACAAACUGGGCAAAACUGCAGGCAACGCAGUGUGGCUGAACAAGGACAAGACUUCUACCUUUGAGCUGUACCAGUUCUUCCUCAGGCUGCCUGACAACAGUGUAGAGGAGUACCUGAGGUUGUUCACCUUUCUGCCUGAGGCUGCGUUGGAGAACCUGAUGGAGCAGCAGAGAGAGGAUCCAAGCAAACGCCUCGCUCAAAAACGACUGGCUGCAGAAGUGACCAAACUGGUGCAUGGAAAAGAAGGGCUCGAGAGUGCCAAGAGGUGUACCAGAGCCCUGUAUCACAGCAGUGUAAAUGCCUUGGAAGAAAUGAGUGAUGAGGAGCUUCAGGAACUCUUCAGGGAGGCUCCUUUCCAUGAGCUGCUUUAUGAGCCAGGGACCUCUGUGAUAGAAGCGUGUCGCAAGGUCUGUGCCAUCCCUGACGGGCCCAAAGGGUAUAUAAUGGUUUCAGCGGGUGCUGUCUCCAUCAACCACGUUCAAAUAGACAACCCGGAGCAGGUACUGAUUCCCAAAAUUCACAUCUUGUCCAAUGGACUCACCCUGAUCAAAGUGGGCAAAAGGAACUUCUACAUCAUCAAGUGGCUCAGUUUGUGAGGCUGUCAGCCCAGACUGUAACAGGAGGAACCAAACCUGGGUGAGAUCAUUGAGAAGAUGUUGAUGGAUUUACACAUUAAAAAAUAAGAACAUUUCCUGAGUUGCUCACAUAAAUAUGUAAAUGUAAAGUUGUGCUAUUAAAAACAUUGUUUAAAAAAUAUGGUUCAUUGCUGACUUUGUUCUGCAGUAGAGUUUUAUCAAAGUGAACACCAGAGGGCA